CGUUGCAAUACUGAAGUGCCACCAACUUGACUUAGGCGGCCAGUCUGUGAUUGACACAGGUGGCAAAACAGAAGCUCCAUUCGACGACGGGACUCUCUGGACUCCCCGAGAGCAUGGCCGAGCAGGUGGCGCGUGCCGUUCGCAGAAAAGACGGAUCGACGUCCCCCUCCCUCACCCGCAUCUCUGCGCUCCUCUUGCUACACGCACAUUGGCAAUCUAGGUCUCGUGAUUGGAACGACGCCGGCGCGCGAGCCAUCGAGAGUGGAGGACGGCAGCUAUGCAGCAUGACCAGGCUCGACUUGGUAAAUCCUUUGCAUGGGCGUCUCGAGAGAAGUCGAAGUCCUGUGCGCCGCACCAACCGCAACGAUAAACCAAUUCCACGUAGUUCUCCGAGCCACCGCAGAUCGUGCCAGGCUACAAUGGCGCCCCCUCCCACGAUGGACGACGAGGUCUCAACUCACCUUCGAUAUGAUGGCGCCAAGCCUCUCGUACGGCUCCGCUCUGCGUGGCUUGAUGGCUGGCUACUUGCGUGGAGGGUGGAUAUGCGGGGGACUGAAACGUCGAUGCUCAGAGAGACUGAUCAGUGAUCGAAGGGAGCCGACAAUGAUUCGGGUGGUGUUUUGAAAUGAUGUGUGGAGUAUCGAGCGCGCGGUAAGGUCGUGUGCCGCGGUGUAUGUGAGUUUUAUAUGGGUCGCUCGAU